CCAAUUUGUAAACAGUUAAUGUUCGUUUCCCGCUCAAGAAAUUAAUUUAAUUGCGAACUAUUCUAUUUGUAAUGGCCAGCACAUCACGCCGUGGCGCUCGCCGAGCAAAUGAAUCGCAUUCGCAAUCGCGAGUCGCACAAUCCCAGUCGGAACCUCAACAUGACACGAUAGAUCAUCAGGUGCGGGCCGUGCUAAACUUUAUUUUGUGCCAUUCCUCUAACAAAGUUCCAGUUAAAAUGAGUGAUUUAAUGACGCUGGCGAGUGGCAAAAACGAGUUGGCAAAACGACUGCCAUUCGUCACCCAGCUGCUGGAGGAACGUUACGGCAUUAAGCUUGUUCUACUGGAGGGAGCACCCAAAAGAUACAUUUGUCUGGCCGAAUCUCCCAUGAUGUCCAUAUACGAGUUGAAAGCCUCACAGCGGCCACAGUACACAAUGCUGUAUAUAAUUCUCACAUAUAUCUUUCUGCGCGGGAAUCGCAUUGAGGAGGAUAAGCUCUACGGCAUGCUGGAUGCGCUAAACGUAAAUGUGCACGAGGAGCAUGGUUACUUUGGCGACAAUAUAUCCAAGCUGAUCGAGGAUACAUUCGUAAAGCAGCAGUAUCUGAAGCGAGAACGCUCCCAGCUGAGUCCCUACGAUGACCCCAAGAAUUACUACAGCUGGGGAUCGCGAGCCAAAAGCGAGUUCACCUACCAACAGAUUGUGCAGUUCGCAUCCAAGCUCUUUGACCAGGACGCCUCGUUCUUCCAACAGCAGCUUAUGAUGGCCGAGGGAGUGGACAAUCCGGAUAUGUUGCAGCAUUUAUCAGUUGCCGCCAAUCAGACAGAGAGAAGCUACUUUGAUUUAAAUGACGAAUCUCAAAAUGCCAGCAUGGAGGUCGACAGUCAAUGAAGCAUUUGACCAAAUUCCAAUAGUCAUACACAGAUAUAGAAUAUUAUUUAUCUAUUAUUCUAUAGCGAGUCAACAAGUUUCAUGUAUUUUAAAAAUAAUUUGUUACAUUGCAGUCGUUUAUAUUAAAUAAUUGCUUAUUGAAUCAUGGCUAAUACU